AUGGCACUCAUGGGUCCUCCCCCCGCUGAUCUUCAGCGUUGGUACAGUUCGACUUGGGAUCGGGAUGAUGAUGCCAACGCCAAUGUUAACGGUGCCCCCAUCGUCCCCAUCCCAUCCCCCGUCCCCUCUCUCCACUCCCGUCUCUCAUCAGACGUCUCUCCCGCUCUACUCGAUCUUGAAUGUGCCUAUCUACUGUAG